CAAAACAAAUCCCAAAUCGCCGACGAGUCCGUCCGCCGAUCCCCAAUUCUCCGAUGGGCAUCUCCAGCAUGCCGGCGCCCAAGGAGAGCCUGCUGAUCUACCUGCUCUACCACGCCGUCGUCUCCGUCGCCGCGCUCGCGGGCCUCCUCCGCGCGGCCCUCGUCUUCUUCGGCCUCCCCGCGCCGCCCCCGCUGCUGGACGACGGCGAGGGCGCCGACCUGCUCACCCCCUCGGGCCCCACCCUCGCGGACCUGUUCCGGGCCCGCUUCCGCCCCGCCCGCUUCGGCCGGAGACGCGGCCCCGGCGCCGCCGCGGCCACAACGCCCGACUGCCGCGUGUGCCUGGUCCGCUUCGAGGCGGAGGCCGUGGUGCACCGCCUCCCCUGCGGCCACGUCUUCCACGGCGCCUGCCUCGAGACCUGGAUCGACUACGACCACGCCACCUGCCCGCUCUGCCGCUCCCGCAUCCUCCCCGCCGCCACCGCCUCUCCGCCGCCGCCGCCGGCACCCCACGGCCUCACCGCCUGGAUUUAGACAAGACAGAUGAAGAGAGAUUCGCCCUCGCUCGUCGAUCGCCCCGGCUACGCGUCCAGUAGCUCCGUGUGGCCUUCCCGUGUGCGCCUAGGAAAUCUAGAUCUCGGUGGGGGACUGCUGCUACCCUCCUUCCUCCCCCACCACUUUUUUUUUUGUAAUUCCGUUUUCUGUACGCCUCGUGCAGUCGCUGUGCCGUGUAAAUAUUUUUCAGCAGAGAGCGCCUCCUGGCUCCUGCUGCGAGUAGUGGCAGCCUUGCUUGUAUACAGGCUUUUUUCGAGAUGAUGCAAGAAAUUAUUCUGAACCCA